AUGUUGGUGCAUAAGGAAAUUAGGCAAUGGUACGAAUUGUCAAUCGCCCCUAAUAAUACAAAUACCGCAGUCAAAUGUCCGUAUAUGACCCUGACAUCAUCGGGAUAUAACAAUACAAUUAAUGUCCAGUUCAGAUCCGUGACUUUAGGCACCAAUAUUAACUUGAGAAUAAAUGUCGGCAACAUCACCUUUACCCAGUCACCGGCGAAGUUUAACUUGUAUUAA